UUCAUAAACUGUUGCCUGUUCAAGUAUUCAAAAGGUCAAUUAAUAAUCAUGUAGAAUUGUAACACAAGAUACUAGAUAAGUAGAUAUUUCAUGUAGUUAUAUCACAUUACACAGAUAUUUAUCUCAAUGAACUCUGAGUUUCAUUCAGAUCACCAAACAAAAUCUGCAUGGCUUCACAAUUGGGUUCUUGUUCUGCAUCUACUUCUUUGCGCAAAAAUGAGACGACCCUAUUCAGCAAAUUCAUCAUUUUCCCAAGAAACAAACAUUUUUCCUUUUCCUCGGUUUCUCAGAUUGGUACAAGAAAACAUGGAAGGAAGCACUUUGAGCUCAAAUCCUCAAAUGGGCAUCCACUAAAUGCUGUUUCUUCCCAUGAUGGUUUGGCUGCAAAUCCUCUGGCCAAUGAUCAUAUCCAGUGGAAAGAGGAACUCUUUUCCUUUUCGGAACCGGAAAAUGGAGAGUCUACUCUAAGUAUAACUGUUGUUGGAGCUUCUGGGGACCUUGCCAAGAAGAAGAUUUUUCCAGCCCUUUUUGCCCUUUAUUAUGAAGAUUUUCUACCCAAGAAUUUUAUAGUGUUUGGCUAUGCUCGGACUAAAAUGAGUGAUGAGGAACUUAGGAACAUGGUUAGCAGAACUUUGACGUGCAGAAUUGAUAAAAGGGAGAAUUGUGAGGACAAAAUGGAUCAGUUCUUGAAAAGAUGUUUUUAUCAUUCUGGUCAGUAUAACUCGGAGGAUCAUUUUGGAGAAUUAGACGAAAAGCUAAAAGAAAAGGAGGCUGGAAAGCUAGCACACAGGCUGUUUUACCUAUCCAUACCUCCAAACAUAUUUGUGGAUGUGGUGAAAUGUGCUAGUCUCAAAGCUUCUUCGGAAAAUGGGUGGACUAGAGUCAUUGUUGAAAAACCAUUUGGUCGUGACUCAGAAUCAUCCGGUGAGCUAACCAGAUCCUUGAAGCAAUAUCUUGCUGAAGACCAGAUAUUCAGGAUUGAUCAUUACUUGGGCAAGGAGCUCGUUGAAAAUCUAUCAGUACUUCGCUUCUCAAAUCUCAUUUUUGAGCCUCUCUGGUCCCGAAACUAUAUUCGCAAUGUGCAACUAAUAUUUUCGGAAGAUUUUGGGACAGAGGGACGUGGAGGAUAUUUUGACAGCUACGGCAUUAUACGCGAUAUAAUGCAAAACCACCUUCUACAAAUUCUAGCGUUGUUUGCAAUGGAAACACCCGUCAGCUUAGAUGCUGAGGAUGUUAGGAAUGAAAAGGUAAAAGUUCUAAGAUCAAUGAGACCAUUGCAACUUGAAGAUGUCGUUGUUGGUCAAUACAAGGGCCACAACAAGGGUGGGAAAUCAUAUUCCGCUUACCUCGAUGAUCCAACUGUUCCACAUGGCAGUCUCACACCGACGUUUGCAGCUGCGGCUCUCUUCAUUGACAAUGCCAGAUGGGAUGGAGUUCCAUUCCUGAUGAAGGCUGGCAAGGCUCUCCAUACCAGAAGAGCAGAGAUUAGAGUCCAGUUCAGACAUGUUCCAGGUAACUUGUACAAGAAGAAUUUUGGUACUGAUUUAGACAAGGCUACAAAUGAACUCGUGCUUCGUGUGCAACCUGAUGAAGCUAUUUAUUUGAAGAUCAAUAACAAAGUGCCUGGUCUUGGAAUGAGAUUAGACCGCAGUGACCUAAAUUUGCUCUACCGAGCGAGGUAUCCGAGAGAAAUACCAGAUGCAUAUGAGAGACUACUCUUGGAUGCAAUUGAAGGUGAACGAAGGCUGUUCAUCAGAAGCGACGAACUAGAUGCUGCUUGGGCAUUAUUCACGCCGCUGUUGAAGGAACUCGAGGACAAGAUGAUAGCUCCUGAGCUCUACCCCUAUGGUAGUCGAGGUCCGGUGGGAGCACAUUACCUUGCUGCAAAAUAUAAUGUGAGAUGGGGAGAUCUCAGUAGUGAUGACUAAUGAGCCGUGUACGUCCAUUGUUGCAUCCUCAUUCGAAGUUUUUAUUAGUUAUCACUCCCAAUUUCGGGUGCUGAUUCUUUCCAAAAUGUGUGGUGAAUAGCAGUUUGUGUUACGUCUCAUGAUCAUGAGCCAAGAAUUGUGUGUAUAAUGGAUUAGAUGGAGUUGAAAAUGUCAAAGUAAGCUGUAUAAUGUCAACAAUAAUAUUAGACAUGAAUGAAUGAAAUGAGAAUGAAGUAAAGUUUAGG